AUGGGCUCGGUGACCGCCGACAAGGUCGACAGGGUUUGGUGGAAGGAUGCCAUCAUCUACCAGAUUUACCCCGCCAGUUUCAAGGACGCCAACGGUGACGGCCUAGGCGACGUCCCCGGCAUCAUUAGCAAGGUCGAUUAUCUAAAGGACCUAGGUGUCGAUGUCGUAUGGGUCUCGCCGAUGUAUGCGAGUCCGCAAGUUGACAUGGGAUACGACAUUUCCGAUUACCAGGACGUCCACCGACCGUACGGCACUGUCCGGGAUAUGGAGGUUCUCAUUGACGAGUGCCACAAGCGGGGCAUGAAGCUGAUUUUGGAUCUGGUGGUCAACCAUACCUCAGACCAACAUGCUUGGUUCAAAGAGUCUAGAUCCUCAAAAGAUAACCCUAAGCGGGACUGGUACAUCUGGCGUCCCCCUAGAUAUGCCGAAGACGGCACGCGCCUGCCUCCCACGAACUGGCGAAGCCACUUCAGCGGCAGUACUUGGGAGUGGGACGAGUCGACGGGCGAGUAUUACCUCCACCUCUUCGCCAAGGAACAGCCAGAUCUGAACUGGGAGAACCCUGAGACGCGCGAGGCCAUCUACGAAAACGCCAUGCGGUUCUGGCUUGACAAGGGAGUCGACGGUUUCCGCAUCGACACGGUCAACAUGUACAGCAAGGGCGUCGAGUACAGGGACGCCCCCAUCGUUAACAAGAACGCCUUCGAGCAGCCGGCGUUCAUGAUUUACUGCAACGGCCCCAGAAUACACGAAUUCUUGCGCGAAAUGAACAACAAGGUGCUCAACCACUACGACACGGUGACAGUCGGUGAACUCCCCCACACUCCUGAUCCGCUUCACGUCUUGAAGUACGUCAGCUCGGCAGAUAGACAACUUGACAUGGUCUUCCAGUUCGACAUCGUCGACAUUGGCCAAGGAAAGAGCUAUAAGUAUCAAGGAGUGGAUUGGAAGCUGCCAGAGCUGAAAAACAUCGUGGCCAAGUGGCAGCAGUUCAUCGAGGGUACUGACGGGUGGACGACGGCCUUUUGCGAGAACCACGACCAGGGGCGUUCCGUGUCACGAUUCGCUAGUGAUGCGCCCGAAUGGAGGGAACUCUCGGCCAAGAUGUUGGCGCUGAUGAUGUGUUCCAUGACGGGCACGCUCUUCGUUUACCAAGGCCAGGAGAUUGGCAUGAUAAACGUACCCAGAGACUGGCCGAUCGAAGAUUACAAGGACAUUGAAAGCCAGAACUAUUACAACGACAUUAAGCGCGAACACGGCGAGGGCAAGUUCCUCGACUACAUCAUGGACAGCAUCAACAAGAUGGGUCGCGACAACGCGCGUGUUCCAAUGCAGUGGGACGAUUCUCCCAACGCGGGCUUCACGGAUAACAAGGACGGCGCGUGGAUGCGCAUCCAUGAACUGUAUCCCGAGAUCAACGUGGCGAAGCAGGAGAAGGAUCCGCACUCGGUCUUGAACUUCUGGAGGGAGAUGAUCAAGCUUCGGAAAGAGGAGAUCGAUCUGCUCACGCACGGCGCGUUUGAACUAUUUGAAGAGGACAACGAGCAGACGUUUGUGUUCAAGAAGUUGCGAGGGGGAAGGGCCGCCGUUGUGGCGUUAAAUUUUACCAGCGAAGAGCAGGAAGUGAAUGUUCCCGGCGAAAACCUUAAAAUCAGAGUUGGAAACUACGAAGAUGUUAAGGAGAGAGUUGCCGCGGAGGGGGAGAAGAAGAUUCUGAGGCCCUGGGAGGCGAGGUUGUACUUGCAGGGUUGA